AUGCAAUCCAGCGACGAAGUCAUGGAGUCCUCCACUCCCUCCCCAACCGCCACUGGCGGCGCCGCAACCCCCAACCCCUCCUCCAGCUCGGCCGCACGCCGUCCUCCUCGCAAGAGCACCCUCACCCAGCAACAGAGAAACCAGAAGCGUCAGAGGGCCACCCAGGAUCAACUAGUCACCCUAGAGAUCGAGUUCAACAAGAACCCUACUCCCACCGCCGUCACCCGCGAGAGGAUAGCGAGUGAGAUCAAUAUGACUGAGCGCUCAGUCCAGAUUUGGUUCCAGAACAGGCGAGCCAAGAUAAAGAACAUUGCUAAAAAGAGUAUCGAGAACGGCGACGACUGCAAUGACAUCCCUGAGUCCAUGAGACGCUACCUUGCCCUUCAGGCUAUGGAGUCUGGCAAGUCAAUUGGCAGCAGCUUCCUUGGCCGUACUGGUGGCAUACCGUACGGCAGUGGCAUGCUUCUCAACACUGACACCAGUUCCUCCAAAGUUGUCAUCACUCACUUCUCAGUCCGCUCUCUGAGCGUCGGUAGUUGGAGGCGAGUUGGCCAGUCUGCUAUGGACUUAGUCAUCUUCUACUCACCAGAGAAGUGCUGCAUCACAUAUUACAUCAACAACGACUCAGCUGGUUACAAGAUCGAGUACCCAUUUUCCUACAUCAAGAACAUCACCCUUGACCACGGAGAUAUGGCCACAAACGCGGAAGGUGCUUCUCAGCGACCAGGAGGUCUUGUUGUGGAGCUCAACCGCCCACCGAACUUCUUCAUGGACUCUUCUGGUUCCGGAGGCUUCUUCCAGUGCGGCGAUUUCACCGAGGAACAGCAGGCAUCGCAAGUUCUGGUCCACCAUCUUGGUGGCCACCCCAAGGUGUUGAGCGGACAAUUGGCGAAACUCGUCUCACUGGAAGCGUUUCAGAACCGACAUAACAUGUACGACCCCCAUGCCAUUGCGGUUUCGGCACCCGUCUCGCCAAUCAACUUCCGUCCUGCCUCACAACCCAACCACCUGGUACAUCCCCACAGUGGCAUGUUUCAUGACUCCCACCUCGCGCCAGGUCCUUUCCCACCGCGCGGGCACAAGCGUCAGCGUUCUCGCUCUGUACCUGUGGCAGUUGACUUCUCGAUGCUGCGUAACCCUAUGCCGUCGUUCAUGAUCCAGCCCGAGCCGUCACCGUACAUCCCAAACCCAGAGAUCUUUGCCCCUGUUCCUCACUCUUCAUCAGGGCCCAUCGGCCCGCAUCUGAGUAUUGACACCUCCGCUGGUUAUGGCCUGGGCGAUUACCGCCAGUACCCCAUGUCAGCCACAACAACCAACUCACCGUCGGAGUACGGCACACCAUCAUUCUACUCGUCUGGACCUCAGAACGAUAGCAUCCCUGCUUCCAACUUUGGUCAACAGUACAACAUCCCGCCGUACGUACACACACCGAUGGGCCCACCGCCCCACUCGGCAGCCUUGAACUCGCCAAUGCCACCAAUGGGUCACCAUGACCCUAUCAUCGCCAACCAGUCGCCGCCCCUGAACUCGUUCGGUCGUGAUGGCUCAGCGGAUGUAUAUCCCAUGCCUCACGAUCAGGGCAUGUCAGAUGAGACGCUUCACAUGACAGACAUGUACUCGAAGCAGAACCUCAACCUUCCGUUCCGUUCGCCUAUGAUGGAAGAGAACGUUGAUGACCUAGACAUGCAGAAUCUAGUGUCAUUUGGCUCGCUCGACCAUUCGGGCCUGUCGCCUGAACAUCACCACCAGAUGUAA